CACACACACACACACACACACACACACACACGGACACACUCCACCGCAGGUUAAGGAUGAAGGUGAAAAUGGAGGGCUCCAGGCUUUAUGCGUUCACGGUGAUGGCAACACUGAUCCUUAUGAAAGCUUCUGGAGAACAAAUCCUUGCAGCUUGGACCACAGCUUCUCCCACGACAAACUUAAAUGGGAAGAUGGUCACGUUGUCUUCCGGAGGGGGAGGGGUGUCCUUCUACCCGCCUUACUUCUCUCUUCCUCCGGACACCACCACAACCAGGGCCGACGACACCAAGGACAAUGCCGUCACAACCACGGUCUACCCCAACACGGCCUCUUCUGUCUUCACCUACCCUCGCUGGACCACAGAGCCACCUACUGGAGGUGUGACCGUGUGUCUGCGCUACAUGUUGGACUUGAGGUGGUCGUCCCCCGUCAUCUUCACUCUCAGUCCGUCCAGCCAGGCGGCCAUGACACUUGCCGUACAUUAUGACGGUCAACAUGAGCUGCGCUGGAGCAGACUGAGGUACCGGAGCGUUUACUUGAGUCCCAGCAUCAGCAUGUGGCCCAACGUCCUGCCGGACAUCUGGAGUAGGGUGUGCAUCACCGUGGAUACGCUGAAGAGUGUGGUGCAGCUCUUUAGCGGCGCCAACAUGAGCGUCAGGAAGAUGAUCCCUUUCAAGUACGUGUGGUCAGGUGAGCCUGUGGUUGCGAUGUCAGGUCUUGAGGGUCAGGUGACUGACUUGCAAGUGUGGGAUUAUCCCCUUUCAUACAACGCCAUCUUGAACUACAUGAGCAGCCCAGCCUACGGAUGGCCCUUUGGUUCGGUCCUCACGUGGUCCGACAUCAGAUACUCCCUGAGAGGGAGCACCCUCCUUGAGGACACGUACGAGCUGAGGUCCAAGAAGACCACGAGAAAAAAGACACGUGGGCACAAACUACAAGCGAAUCACAGGACCAGCAAGAACCAUGGCAAGGCUCAAUUGACCUGAAACUACUGAAAAUGUUUCACCCAAGUUUCACAAAACUACAUACAGUGGUGUGAAAGUGUUUGCCCCCAUCCUGAUUUCUUAUUUUUGUGUAUUUUUUGGUUGACAGCAGAAUUCAUGGUUCCAUUUAUCACAGCAAGUCUUCCAGGUCCUGAAGCAGCAAAACAUCCCCAGACCAUCACACUACCACCACCAUAUUUUACUGUUGGUAUGAUGGUCUUCUUCUGAAAUUCUGAAAACUUUUAGGCCAAAUGUAAUGGGACACACACCUUCCAAAAAGUCUCAUUAGACCAGAGUAUUUUCCCAAAGCUCUUGGGGAUCAUCAAGAUGUUUUCUGGCAAAAUUGAGACAAGCCUUAAUGUUUUUUUUUUUGUUCAGCAGUGGGUUUUGUCUUGGAACUCUGCCAUGCAGGCCGUUUCUGCCCAGUGUCUUUCUUAUGGUGGAGUCAUGAACACUGACCUUAAGUGAGACAUGUGAGGCCUGCAGUUCUUUGGAUGUUGUUGUGGGGUCUUUUGUGACCUCUUGGAUGAGUCAUCGCUGCGCUCUUAGGGUCAUUUUGGUUGGCCGGCCAGUCCUGGGAAGGGUCAUCACUGUUCCAUGUUUUUGCCAUUUGUGGAUAAUGGCUCUUACUGUGGUUUGCUGGAGUCCCAAAGCUUUAGAAAUGGCUUUAUAAACUUUUACAGACUGAUAGAUCUCAAUCAAUCUCACUUAUGUUUUAACAGGGGGGGCAAUCACUUUUCAACACAGGGCCAUGUAGGUUUGGAUUUUUUUCUCUCUACAUAAUUAAAACUUGCAUUUAAAAACUGCAUUUUGGGUUCAUUUGUGUUGCCAUUGACUAAUAUUUAAAUUAGUUUGAUGAUCUGAAACAUUUAGGUGACAAAAAUGCAAAAAAAUAUGAAAUCAGGAAGGGGGCAAACACCUUUUCACGCCACUGUAAAUAUACCAGUACUUUCAAUUUACAUUUUUCUUUUCUUGAGCCAAACCUGACAUCCUCUGAAAAGCUCGUCAUAGCUGACAAACCCUUGGCGGAGGUCUCCACUCUCCUACUGUACUUUUCUAUCACAAUACUCCAAUAACUGCUAUUAUUUGCCUUUUAUAACGUUGUAAUCACGCAAUAGUGCAUAAAUAAAGAGAUGGCAGCAGUUUUGUUUGAUUUAUAUAUAUAUAAAAACAUGAUGUCUCACA